UCUUAAUAAUGAUAAGGCGCUCGGCAGAACCAUAUAAGAACACAGACGAGGGCUGCUGUCCAAACCAAGCCAUUCAUUACCACCGACCGGUAGACAUGGUCAACAUACGACUAGUUAUCCAGCUCCUGCUGUUGUGCUCCGUGGCACUGGCACUGGCCAGCGGCAGCGUACCUCUGAAGGAUUCCGUCGAAGGCUUUCAAACUGCUGCCAGGCUCGGACGCCUGGGCGUGGAGUUUUAUCACUUCCAAAACAUAACACUCGAUGACCUUUCGUAUGAUCGGCUGGCCACUGCUGAGGAUCUUAAGUGUGUAUCGGACCUCGCACUGCUCACCAAUGGUCUUAAGUCCUUGAAAUUUUGGGCGCUAAAGAUGAUCGACUCGUGGGGCUCAGUGCCUUCGGGCAUUCUUACCGGCAACCUCAUCGAUCUGGGAAACUACGACGAGUGCCUCCGCAUAGACCAUGCCGUCACCAGUGGUCACAGUAUCAGAGGCAAAUACUGCAUCGCCAGAUUUGCAAUCCUGCCAAACGUGUCGGCGCUUUUGGCCCUGAAAACAGCCGUCUGCUUUCCAGCCUCCUGUACGGCUGUCCACAUGGACACGAUGCUGCGUAGACUCUUCCAGAGUAUUCUCAACAUGGAACUCAGUCCGGAUGCGGCGCUGGUAAACGAGGAUACAUGCCAAACUGCCGAGAAAGAACCAUUUGAUGCCCUCACUAUAUUCACCAUUGUGGUGCUCUCUAUAUUGGCUGCCCUGAUGGUCCUGUCCACGCUGUGUGACUACUUCCUGUCCCGAGACCAAUCCCUCAACCCAUGUAUUAAGGCAUUCUCGGCACGCGCCAAUUGUCGAAUCCUCUUCCGACUGGUUGAGCCCGGAAGUAAUCCGAAUGUCAUCGACUGUCUCCACGGCAUCCGCUGCCUGUCGUUUAUUUGGGUUGUUUAUGGACACGUUUACCUCGUGAAUGUCUUCGCUCCCAAUCUGAAUUACGCUGAUUUGCACACGUGGCGCAAGUCGGCGUACAGCAUGCUGUUGCAGCAUGCAGCCUAUUCGGUGGACACUUUCUUUUUCCUGAGCGGCCUACUCCUGGUAGUGAUAGCCCUAAGAACCAUGGAGAAGACCAAGGGAAAGCUGAACGUACCCCUUAUGUAUCUGCACCGCUACUUGCGACUCACGCCGAUCCUUGCAAUGGCCAUCAUUAUAUACAUGAAGAUCCUGCCGCGCGUGGGCGAUGGCCCCCUGUACGGUUCCGUGAACUUCGAUGACUACUCGCAGUGCGAGGACACGUGGUUCUGGACACUCCUGUAUGUGCAGAACUAUGCCACCAAUAAUAUCUGCUUGGGUCAUUCCUGGUACCUGGCCGUGGACAUGCAGCUCUACAUUAUCGCGCCCCUGCUGCUGAUCGCUCUCUACAAGUGGGGCAGAAAGGGGGCCGCCCUGAUUUUCGUGCUUAUGCUGCUCCUGGCUUCCUGUCUCUUCACCAUGAUGAUCGUGAAGAACUUGUCUCUGCUGGUUCAGACCGACGUUGCCAUGAAGGAGAUUUACUUUUCAACUCAUACGCGGGCCUCGCCCUUCCUCAUUGGAAUCCUCUUCGGCUACUUCCUGCACGUCAAUCGUAGAAGAUCCUUCAAGCUUAGCCGCCCCGCCGUCCUGCUAGGCUGGCUGGUCAGCCUGUCGCUGCUCUUCACCUGCAUAUUCGCAGUCUUUCGCUAUGCCAAGCACCUGGACACGCCGUCCAUACUGGAGGAGGCCUUCUACCUGACGUUAACGCGCAUCGCCUGGCCGCUGGGCCUCUGCUGGCUGGUCUUCGCCUGCAUGCAAGGAUAUGGUGGAUUGGCCAACAGCUUCCUUUCCUCGCCGCUCUGGCAACCGCUAUCGCGUCUCUCCUAUUCCGCCUACAUCUUCCACAUGUUCAUUGAGACACUGAAUGCCGGCCUCACGCGCACAAACACCUACUUCAGUGACUAUCAAGUGAUGCUCCGCUUCUGGAGUGACUUCGGAUUCGUGGUGCUCCUUUCCUUUGCCGCAUACAUCCUGAUCGAGGCACCCUUUGGCAACCUGGAAAGCCUCCUGCUGCCUGUCCAAAAGUCCACUCCCCCCCUACGGUGAAGGUGCAACCAGUG